ACAUCCUCUUCCGGGAACAGAAUGCUUUCUCGAUGAGUCACAUGUCACCUUCCAUCCUUUCACCUUCUCUUACGAAUAACCAUCAUAGGGUUCCUGAAAGCGUAAAUCUCAGACAGAGGCUACAGAGACACCGAAUAUGGAGCAGCGGGUAAAAUAAAAUCCUGUCCACUCACUGAGUUCCCCAGGGGUUGAUCUAUCAGGAGGCUCAUCUAUCUAGGAUCUGCUCUAUUGAAGAUCUGGUCUCUGCACUGCUGGGUCACUGCGGCCCUACAGGAUGCUGAAUAUCACCCUCCUCCCAGAGGAUGUUCUUCUGGAGAUUUUGUCUUUGGUUCCACCUCUGGACUCGAUCCAUCGCUGCCGGCUGGUCUGUAGGCAGUGGAGGGACGUCAUUGACUCUUCGACGCUGUGGAAGAUGAUAUGUCAGAGAAUGGGACACAUCCCCAAAGACUGGAAGCGUCACCCAAAAGACUGGAAAAAGUAUUACUAUCUCAGCAACAGCAGACGUAAUUUACUGAAAAAUACCUGUGCAAAAGAAGGGUUCAAGUUCUGGAAGUUAGAGAGAAACGAGGGUCAUUGCUGGAAGGUAGAGGAUCUGCCAGGCGAGCACGGACAACGGCCCCCAGAUGACACAGUCACCAAGUACUUUGUAACGUCAUUUGAGAUGUGUCUGAAGUCCCAGCUUAUAGACCUCCGGAAGAUGGGAUAUAGUAAGGAAUUGAUGGACAGUGACCAGCCAGAUAUCGUCAUCAGAGAUUGGUUUGCAGCUAGGGCAGACUGUGGCUGUCAGUAUGAAAUAAAAGUGCAUCUGUUGUCCGAAGACAAGAAAGUUCUCUGUAAAUUUUCCCCGGAUCUGGUAUUUAUACCGCAGUGGAGUGACGCCCAUUGGAAGGAGAUGUCUCACACGUUUCGGGACUACGGACCAGGAGUGCGCUACAUAUACUUCAGUCAUGGCGGGAAGGACACCCAGUGGUGGGCCGGCUGGUACGGGGUGCGUGUCACCAAUACCAGUGUCACCAUAGAACCAGAGGAUCUGACAACGCAGUCUGUGACACCCCACACCAUCAAGUACCAUGGAGUAAAAAAACGAAAUCAAAAAGGAAAAUCUAAAAAAAAGGCUUGCUAGCUCUGUAUGUGAAUAAAAUAAAGAAGUUCACGUGUUUGUAAA